AGUGAACCCGUUGGGGGAUCUAGCAGGUGGUCAACUCGCUGCUUAUGAGAUGAUCUAAGGGCCCCCGACCUUUCUGUGCGAGUAUGGGCGUGAACGUCCCUGUCAUUCCUGUCUAGAGUGCUGCCCCCGCAGACCAAACCAGGAUAAUGAGUGGCAAAGACAACGAUAAGGCGCAUCGCUAUAUCGCCGCCUUGGACGAUGCACGCUGCCAAGAUAGAUGGAGUGAGAUUCCAGAGUUGAUUAGGAAAGUUACCAAACAUGCGCCGGAGAGGAAAUGUCUUCUACAGGUAGCCAGCGCAGAAAGCCAGGUAGUGGCUUAUAUCAACAGUCGACCUUCCACAGCAGCAACGUCGAAUUCAGGGUCCGCAUCUACCCAACUAUCAGAAUUGAUACCUACCCUUCUAUCGGUCAUUGAGGAAGCACAAGGGACACCGCAGGAUGUCUUCCAGGCCCAGGUUUGUCUGGGAUGGGUACACUGGGUGUUGUCAGAGCCGGCUUUGGCUGCUGCUCGCCUGCCGAAAGAUUUCUAUGCUACCGUACAGACACUCUCAGGAGAGGGUGAGGCACUGUCACCAUGGACGGAGGUCUGCCUGGUGAAAGGGUGCUACAUAAAGGGUGCAGGCCAAUCCAUCGUGUCGACAGCCGAUGAAGCGAUGCAGACUUUCAGUUCUGUUCUACCCUGGCUCGCCGCCCUCAACCAGGCAACGACUUUCUCUCCACAGCUUCUUUUCUGGACCGAGAAGCUUCUAGCUAAAGCAGCAUUAAUAUCAAGCGGAGAGGCCCAGGCUCAGGGGCCUGCCGCAAGCGAAAAGACCAUCGAACUGGCUCUUAAGUCGUUUAGACUGUGGUCCGCCCAUCCUAAUGUCAAAUCUGAGUUGGCGCCUCAGAAUGCAUUUCCGGUAGAAGCACCGCUGCAGUCUUCCGUAUGGAGGUCUUACUACGAUCUUCUUUCAGCAAUCCUGCAAAGAGGCCUGGUCUAUGUGCCUUCCUCAGAAGGAUCAGCACGCCUCCAACUGGCCAGCGAAUUCAGACGGGUAGAAGGUGUCUGUGAGAGCAAUCUGCUGAAGGAAGUCAGAUUCCCUGUUGCAAGCGCCAGAGCGCCGCAGGUAGAGGCAUGGGUCGAACAGGUUAUCGGAAAUUGGGAAGUGCUCUGUGGCCCGGACUGGACGGAUGAAGACCUUGGGGAAGGAGGUCAGAAUGCACUAAGUAGGAAUGUUGUCGAUAUCCUUUAUCGUGCCGCUACCAAAUCAUACCAUUCGCACCUGAUCCUGCGACGCCUGUUUCACGUCCAUUCUGCUCUGGCUGAUUUUGACCUUGCUAUGAAAGCUCUAGAUUCGUAUGUCGAGAUUGUUCUGAGCGCGAAGGAUAGAGCAGAGAAAGGCGCAGAGUUAGGAGAACUCGAAGAUGAAGAAGUCCUGCUAAAGACUAUCUCUGAAGGGGUCCUCAUGCUGUGCUCACUAGGCGCUUUCAGCGAAGCUGAAAAGGCCAAGAAGCUGACUGAAAUCCUCGUGGAUUGCGUCGAGAAAGACCUCCGAGGAGAAUCCCCAGGCAAUAAACAACAAACUGUCUCCCCUCCUGUGAUUGCUAUGGCCUACAGGGCUAUUGGCAUCGGACUUGCAAAUUGGGCGAGGUGGACUCCAGUCAACGAAUCUCGUGAUGACAUCAGGGCUGAGGCCCUGGAUAACCUCGAGCGGAGCAUCGCCCCGGAAUGGGAGGAUCAAUUCAACAUUUCGAGCUAUUUUGCGCUGUCGUUGCUCUUGGCUGAAACUAGGGAUCUCGAUGGUGCAAUUGACUGCGUCAAAUCAGCAUUGGCAUGGAACAGCCAGUCCCUCAGCGAGCAUGCUGUCAUGGAUUCAAAGAGGCUUUCCAGAGAGCGUGACCUAGUGCCUCUAUGGCACCUGCUUGCGCUUUUGCUCAGUGCUAAACAAGACUUUGACAUCGCGGGCCGCUCGUGCGAAGCAGCAUUCGAGCAAUUUCCAACCGCUGUGAACGCCUUCGGUCAGAAUGGACGUUCUGUGGACCGAGACUCAGCCGGUUUUGCGAAGGUACUGAUCGAUCAGCUCAGCGGGCGAGAGAAAGAGCGCAUAAUUGAGACACGCAUGACCCAGCUGGCGUUGGUUGAGGUCAUGGACGGUGCUGAAGUUGCUCUUAACCGUAGUGAUCAGUUAUUGAGUCUUUUCGCUGCAUUGUUUGGGGAGCACGAUCUUGUCGAGAAGACUACCCCAACUACCCCGACGACACAAAAUGGCACAAAGACGGAGCAGCUUGAGAUACCCAAGACCUCUGCUGGUAGUGUCAGAAGCUUCCGUGGUAGCAUAUUUGGCCGAAAAAAGAAUGCUCGACAACAUGACAGUGCUGCUGACAAUGACGGAGAGCGAAAUCUGCCAACGCGCUCAGGAAGGUCAGGCUCUCUGCGGCACAGAUUGCACAGACAUGAGGACAGCAAGACCACCCACCCCGAGGCUCAGCACCAGAAUUUGAAAGAAACUAAUGGUGUUGGACCGAUUGAGCCCAAGCAGGGCGCCGAACAGCCACAGUCUCCGGAGACGGUAGGCAUUGCAGUUUCAGAUCACGCCCCCUCGCCCUCCUCUCCUCAAAAUGAAAAGCAAAGCUCAACGCAACCCCUGCCGCCGGUUGCUCAUAAUAUCAAGCACAAAGAUCUGCCGCCGCCGGCAGGUCACGAAAAGCAACCUCCUGAACAGGAUGUCCGAUUGCCAAUUUCUGACAGGUUCGACUCGCCUACGGGUGCAGUUAUACGAUUCCCUGCUGUGCAAGCACAGAAGCAUGCCUUGGUGAUUCUCGUCAAAAUCUGGCUACUGAUCGCUGGUCUCUACCGACGAUCAGGGCUCUUCGAAGAUGCCAGCGAAGCCUGCGAGGAAGCAUCGAAGCAGGCUGCUCGGUUUGAGGCGUUGGUCGCAUCCCAGGAAUUCUCUGCAAAGAAGUUCUCUGAGCGUACCUGGGGAACCGGCAAGAGCUCUGAGGAACUCUGGGGAGACGUCGAAGCUGAACGGGGUGCGAUCUCCCUCGCUCAGGGGCUUCCACACGAAGCAAUUAGCCAUCUUGAGAGUGCUUUGAUGCGCUUCCCGGACCAUCCCAAGGCAACUAUCUUGUUAGGGAAUUUGCUUCUCGAUAUAUGGGACAACAAAAUCCCAGCGGAACCACGAUCUCCCAGCCUCCAACCCGACUUCGCUGACCUGUCACUUUCCGAUUAUGUGAAGCUUCCGGGUGCUUCUGAAAAGAGUGGCAAAAAGCCUUCAUCUUCUUCUGAUGGAUACGCGCAAUCCAAGCAGACACCUCAGCGUGACAUUCAGCCAGCCGAAAAAGAUACCCCUCAGAUCCUUAGCCGCCUUGCUGCUCGCGACAGAGCCUAUAUGCUGGUCUCCACGCUAACCAAGUUGGGCACGUCGUGGGAUAACUCUGAGGCGUGGUUUACCUUGGCCAGAGUCUACGAGGCCGGAGAUCAGCUCGAAAAGGCAAAAGAGGUAUUGUGGUGGGUUGUUGAGUUAGAAGACCGAAGACCCGUCCGGCAUUGGUGGGAUCUGGGCUCCGGUGGUUACGUGUUGUAGGAUUGUACAUAUCGUUGGCAUUUUACCUCUUUACUGUUGGACUGCUUUAUUGUCCCCGGGUUACUAUUGUCGAAGGUGCAGCUUUUUGAUUCCAGGUCCUCGCUGCAUAUAGAGAGUUAUUUAUGGAAAAUCGAGCGAAAGCGGAU